UGGCAUGUUUUUUUUUGUUAAUGUAUUGGCAUGUCAAGUAAUACAGCAGCUCCCUGCAAUUGCACUUUAACACAAAUGCCAUGAACCUCUCUCUGUAUAUCUCACCCUCCAGGUCCAUUCACUUCACUUCUACAGAGCGAUGUAGUUCCUUCCACCACCACCGUCACUACGUCAUUUCCCGACGAGUUUCCCCCUCUCCUCCCCGUCGCCGCCAUCUGCGCCGCCGUCUCCUUAAAAAGUUCUAUCCUAAUCUCACCGAAGACACCACCUCUCCUCCCCCGACCGAUCAAAGCCUCCACUUCAUUCUCACCGUCGAUGAUUUACCUACCAAAUCCUUGUACUCAGUCAAGGACCUUCUCGAUUCGAAGCUCAGCGAAUUCGUCGACUCUAGCCGAGCCGCCAUUAAAGACUUGCAAACUCUCAUCCGUAUAGAUAGCAAUAACGGUAGAGUUCUGUUCUCCUGCAGAAGGUCCACCGUUCAAUUCCUAGGUACUCUAGUAAUUACCAGUUUCGUAGUUAUUUUCACUCUUAGGGCUAUUUUUAAGCUUCUAGUUCUAGGGUUACGAAUGAACAACGAACGAAACAACAACGUUGAAUUAGUGUAUAAAAGAGACCGUAGUUUGGGUGGAAAAGAAGUACUUGUUGCCAAAAAUGAGACAGUUUAUAGGAAGAAACCAAAUGUGUUGGAUAGUGAAGACAGAAACAGCAAUUGGGACUGGGGAAGUCGAAUUAGGUUUUCGAGGAGGCGAAGGAAGAAGAGCUCGGUGGAGAAGUUGCCAAAAUGGUGGCCUGUUUCGACUUCUAGUUCGGAUCAAGUUGGAGCAGAGAAUCAAGAGGAGUAUCAGAGAAUGGCCAAUAGAUUGAUUCGAGCCAUCUUGGACAAUAGAAUGACGGGGAAGGACAUUUUGGAGGAUGAUAUAAUUCAAUUACGAUGUAUAGGGAGGGUAUCAGGCGUGAAAGUUUCAUUUGAUACUGAGAAUGCACGGGAUACCCUUUAUCGUGUGGCAAUCGACUUUGUUCUUAAUCAUUGUGAAAGCACUGCAAAUCAGUCAGCUUUUGUUCUAAUUGGUGGUGAAGAAGCACAAAACUUCAUUGCUGGGCUUGCUGAUAAUGUUGGACUUGACAAUACUCGGGCUGCAAGAAUGGUUUCUGCAGCUGUUGCUGCACGCACUAGGUCAAGGUUCUUGCAAGCUUGGGCCUUGGAAAUGCAAGGAAAUCAUUCUGAAGCUGCCGUGGAACUGUUUAAAAUAUGUGUAAUUCACCAGAUAUUUCCUCCUGAAGAGUUCUCGCCUGAGAUGGAGAUGGUGGCUCGUGGACUUGAGAAACACUUAAAAGUAGAUCAGAGGGAAUUCCUAAUGAACACUCUUCUACGUGUGUGUGGUGAUCAGAGCAGGAGAAGUGUGGCUGAAGCUCUGGGCCUGAUGUACUCGAAGGAUAACAUCAUUCAUCAACAGGAAAACAAGUAUACGUAAAUCACUAAUUUAAUUUUGCACUCUUGUUGCGUACAUGAAAUGAUUUUUAAAGAUGAUGAAUGAUGUUUCAAUACUCUGAAGGACUUUGGACAACAAUUAGUACUACUACUGUAUGCAACAACGUUCCAGAAUAUUUCAAAUGGAUUAUUAAAUUUAUCAUGUAAAA